GACGGAGAUAGAUAUAGAUGAUGGAACAGGGAAGGGGAAGGGAAGGAAGAAGGAGAAGCGGGAGUGGAUGUAAAAGAGAGAGAGAGGUUCGGAUACGCGGAUACAGAUUCAUCGUGUCGGUGGCCGCUGCGGCAAAUCUGCAGAGUUCCGUGGUGAACGUUGAAAAUAAGCGGUGACUGCACACCCUUCGUACGGAUUAUUCGGCAACUUUCGACUCUCGUGAGAGUUCACCUUCGUCGUGACUACGAAAGUAGUAGCUUCGAGUACGGCCAACCCCCUCGGUGUUGAAUCCUUUGCCGGAGGACGACGGCACUGGCUCUUUCUCUCUUGUUCUCGACCGCCACUUCAUCUCCCACUCUCUGUCUAUCUCUCUCUCUCUCUCUCUCUCUCUCUCAUCGUUAGAGAAGAAGGGAGAUACUGGCUGGCGCGCAUAUACGAAGAAGACACACGUACCGAUAGAGAGAGAAAGAGAGAGAGAGAGAGAGAGAGAGAGAGAGAGAGAGAGAGAGUGAGAGAGAGAAAAAUAGAUAGAUAGACAGUGACACACUCGAUCCCUUUCUCCCUCUCUUCGUCAUCUCUCUCUCUCUCUCUCUCUCUCUCUCUCUUUCUCUCUCUUUCGCCACUAUCCGUCUCUCUCUCUCUCUUUCUCUCUCUUUCUCUUAGUCACUCUUUCUCUCUGGCUCACCGUUCGGUGUUCUACAGAGAGACAGGUAGAGAGACGAUGAGGAUUCUCGAUGGAGGAAGCGACAGAUCCCUCUUGGUCCGUUCUCAAAGCAUGGAGCCCGCGUACGCCUCUCGCCAUUCCCGCGGAGUCGCGUCGUCGUCGUUGUCGCCUGCCACGAAACUCCAGCCGCGAGAAGAUUGAUUGAUCGGACGGGAUACUAAGAAGGAAGACGGACCUGAUAUCCGCCGAUGCUAGUUCACGGGUUUUCUUCUUUCUUUUUCUACUGUUACAAGCUUUCCCAAUUUUCCGGGAAUACGUCGUCUACCGCACGAUCAUUCACGGACGGUGAGGAUUCUGACGGUGAUCUGUCGCUCUUUUGGUGUGAUUGAGUGUAAAGUGCAUCUUUCGAGACAAAAAGCGAGAUGAUGAGUUUGAAAGUUAACUGGUGAUUCUCAAAGGCGUAAGAGAGAAACAAGUCAAGCGUGACAGCGAUUAACGCGUUGACUUUGUUCGGACAGGAAGGCUAAAAAGUGGACAACAUGGGUAGAAACAUGAGAAGCUCGAGAGAGAGGGGAAAUGUCGUGGUUCUUUUGGAAAUUGGAUUGCUUCCGUAUUAUUAGCUUAAGCCGUAAGAAUAUAUCCGUGGAAUCGAAAGUAGGCCGAGUUCCGGUCUACGCGUGCAUUGAGUCUACUUAAUCAGGAUGAAAUCCAAGACUCCGGCAACAAUAGCCUCGCGAUGCCCGAAGGACCGGUGGGCAAAAUGAAAGCUCCUGAGAAACAAUGGAAGCGUCCACGCAAGCAUGACGGCCUCUUUCAGAUUCUUGGAGACCAUGUUUAGCCGUGCCCAAGGGAAACACUCUUCUUACAAAGCUCGUCCUUGCCGAGCUAAUCGAGGAAUAACGACGGUCGGCUGACCGUGUCUUUCGAUCGCGUCUUCCGACGAAGUGCCGAUCGACGAUCAAAUCAAGUAAGGUGAUCGCAGAGACCACGGGGAAAGGAACUGCCGGAGGAUUAUGUUAGUGAAAAGGCAACACCCUCUACGAGGGCGCAUAUUACUUGCCCUCUUCUUACUCGUCGGAAGUUUCGCCUUGCCCUCGAAAGCGGCAGCAUUUCCGGAUUGGACGGACUGUCCAGCUGUUUGCAGAUGCAAGUGGACGUCCGGAAAAAAGUCGGCUCUCUGUCCGGACGCUGGAUUGACGUCGCUACCAGCCUCUUUGGAUCCAGACAUGCAAGUUUUGGAUCUGUCGGGCAACAAAAUACCAGCCCUACAAUCGGAGAUCUUCAAACGUGCCGGUUUGUUAAAUCUUCAAAGGGUUUUUCUAAGAAACGCCGGUAUACACGAGAUCCACGCGGACUCGUUCAGAGACAUGAGGAUAUUAGUAGAAAUCGAUCUUUCGGACAAUCACGUGGGAAGCUUAGAACCGGACACUUUUCUCGGUAACGAGAGGCUCAGAAUUCUUAUACUCAGCGGUAAUCCUUUGGGUGCUCUCAAGAGUCAUCAAUUUCCAGUUCUCCAACAUCUUAGAAAUUUGGAGUUGCAGAGGUGUUCGUUGACCGAUAUACACGGGCAAGCCUUCGUUAGACUCGUAGGCUUGGAAUCUUUGAAACUCGAUGGCAACGAACUCGAGUACUUGGAAGCUUCGGUCAUAUCGAGUCUACCUCGUCUAAAGACUCUCACCUUGGACGGUAAUCGUUGGAGUUGCGACUGUAGAUUACGAGGAUUUCGUACUUGGCUUAUACCGGAAACACCGAGCAAAUUAUAUUCCGUGCCACAGUUGUGUUCAACGCCAGAGAGAUUGGAAGGUCGAAGAUGGGAAGAGGUAAAGCCCGUCGAAUUUGCCUGCGAGCCCGAGGUAUUUGUAUUGGCUAGUACGAUACAGGAGGAAACAAAUGGUAACUUGAGUCUCGCGUGUUUGGCUACCGGAGACCCAGAACCCGAAGUUUGGUGGCAACUCAAUGGUGGUCCUGUUAACGCAACAAGAAUCUCCGAUCAACCGUACGUAGGAACUUACGUAUCUCACGUAUCCUCGGACAUGAACGUUGUCUACAAUGAGAAAUCCGAGAGAGCCACCGACAGGUGGAGCAAUUUAACGGUAUACAAUGCUAGCGACGGCGACGCAGGGGAGUACGCGUGUUUUGCGAGAAACAUAGCCGGUCUUGCAAGGGAUACGGUAAGCGUCGCCAUACCACGUAUCUAUACCGCACCGACUUUAUCCCAGAGCGACAAUUGGUUGCUUUGGGUUAGUCUGGCAGGUGGUGGUGCGGCCGCUCUUGGUGCUUCCAUUUCUGUCAUUCUUAUGGCUUUUUGCUUGUGCGGUGGCUCACGUCGUAACGGUAAACGCGAAAAGGUCAAACUCCAAGGUAGUACGAGCUUCGGGGAUCAGGAAAAGAAACUCUUGGAUCUGUCGGUUACAACUACGACGGCUGGUAGCGCGAACGAUCGUGCCAGUGGUCAUGGUAGUUUGGCCGAGGCAUGUAGUACAGGUGACCUUGAACUGGCCGAACGUGUUUCUAUCUGUGAUCACAUGGGAGCCGCAACGGUGACCGUCGAAAGACUCAGACCAGAGAUAAGUAAUUCGACUACCGUGUGUCGUGCCAUUCCAUGUGCCCCCGGUUUUCCCCCACCGCCGCCAGAAUUUACAACGGGAGUCCUACCAGCCGGCAUCUUCGGCAACAUCUUCAUCUCCGUAUCUUUGCCGCAGGAUUCGACGGAACGUUGUUAUCCCGAUCUACUUGACAUACCCGUCCACGGUGUUAUCAGUGGUGUUACCGAGAAGAACACGGUCGCAGCCUUGCCUUCGACCCCCUGUGUAUCCAGUUUUGCGACUCUUCCUCGACGAGCCCUUCGCAACACCGAUCUUGGUUCACCUUAUGACAAUAUGGGCCCGAGGGUCACUGCCAAUGGAAGUUCCGCGUUCUCCCUGACAGACGUGGAUUUGAGAUUAUCGCCACCUCCACCGCCACGGAUCAUUCAACCGCCGCACGAGUUUGUCUCUCUUUAAAAAGACAUCGUGAGAGAAGCAAAAUGAAAAAAAAAAAAAAGAAAAGAAAAGAAAAAAAAAACACACACACACACACACAACAAAUCUAUCGUAGAUCCGCAUAGAUCUCCUGUAUACGUUUCAUCGAAGAAAAACGAGAUCGAUCGCGUUAAUAGGUUCGAUGCAUCUCUCGGCUGCGUGGAUUUUUUUUCCUUUCGUCCUUUAUUUUUUUCUUCCUUUUUUUUCUCUUUCUUUUCUCCCUUCCUUCACCUUUCCCCCUCCCCAUCACUCUCCUUUUUACACUCAGCCGAUAUAAAAGAGACUCGAAGGCUGAUCUAACGUUAGACGAACGAGAACGAACAGAGAACUUUUCGACUCGUGAUUUCUCGCUCAUGAGAAAUAGAAAAAGAAUAGAGAGAGAGAGAGAGAGAGAGAGAGAGAGAGAGAGAGAGAGAGAAAGAACACCGUGUUGUGACGUGUUUUCGAGACUGAAAGGGACAGAGACUGGUAAAAGAGCUGGUGUUACCAGCAAAGAAGCAAUUUUAGCUAGGUGUCGGUUAGACACCUGUCUCUGAAUUUUGAAUAUCUGUCUGUCCGCUUGUCUGCCCGCCUUGCCUGCUUGCGUGAGUGCCCGAGAAUAUCUCGUAACCCAAAUGACAAAGGGAUGAUGAAAGAAAAAAAAAAAAAAGAAAAGAAGAAGAAAGAGAAGAAAAGAAGAGGAAAGAAAAGAAGAAAAAAAAGAAUUGCAUAAAACAGAAAGAAAAGUAAAAAAAAAAGAACAGAAAGAGAAAGAGAGAGAGAGAGAGAGAGAGAGAGAGAGAGAGAGAGUUUCCUUUUUAGACGUCGAUGUCUCCGAAAAUGACGAUGAGACAUUUGUACAUAGUUCGCGGAUCCUCCUUCAACGAAGUUCAUCGAUCGAAUCGAUAACCGUGACGAACGAAAGAAAAAAAGAAAAAGAAGAAGAAGAGGAAGAAGAAAAAAUGACAAAAAGCAAAUCUUUCCUUCUUUCACGGCCGAUUAUUUCUUCCUUGUACCUUUGCAUACCAAACAACAUCCACCCAAUUCCAUCUACCCCUCCCCACCCCUUCCCACAGCCUCCCCUCUCCAUCUCCAACCCAUCCUACAUUCAUUCUCAAAGUAUAUCACUAGUUUGUUACAUAAUCUUCGUGUGUACAUAUUUGUUAUUACGUAACAUGCAUUACGAGACGCGUCUCGGUGUCAUGUCCAUGUGCAUUCGCGUCCGAAAUUCACGUGGAAUUACAUCGGUAUUAAUUAUGAACACUUUGUCAAUUAAUAAAACGAUUGAAUUUUA